AUGCAGCUGAAGCCGAUGGAGAUUAACCCCGAGAUGCUGAACAAAGUGUUGGCCAAGCUGGGUGUCGCCGGCCAGUGGCGCUUCGCAGACGUGCUAGGGCUGGAGGAGGAGACUCUGGGCUCAGUGCCAUCCCCUGCCUGCGCGCUGCUGCUGCUGUUUCCCCUCACGGCCCAGCAUGAGAACUUCAGGAAAAAACAAAUCGAGGAACUGAAGGGCCAAGAAGUUAGUCCUAAAGUGUACUUCAUGAAGCAGACCAUUGGAAACUCUUGUGGUACCAUCGGGCUGAUUCACGCAGUGGCCAAUAAUCAAGACAAGCUGGAAUUUGAGGAUGGGUCAGUCCUGAAGCAGUUUCUUUCUGAAACGGAGAAGAUGUCCCCCGAAGACAGAGCGAAGUGCUUUGAGAAGAACGAGGCCAUUCAGGCGGCCCAUGACUCCGUGGCCCAGGAGGGCCAGUGUCGGGUAGAUGACAAAGUGAAUUUUCAUUUUAUUCUGUUCAACAACGUAGAUGGCCACCUCUAUGAACUUGAUGGGCGAAUGCCCUUUCCCGUGAACCAUGGCGCCAGUUCAGAGGACGCUCUGCUGCAGGAUGCUGCCAAGGUCUGCAGAGAAUUCACUGAGCGCGAGCAGGGGGAGGUCCGCUUCUCUGCAGUGGCCCUCUGCAAAGCCGCCUAA